AUGACCGCGAGUAAUUCGCCGGAGCCUGUGGCCGAUCCGGCCGGCUCCUCCGCCGCCCCCUAUGGGACGCGCUCCAGAGGCCGCAAUGCCCCUCGGCCCAACUACGCUGAGGACCGUGACAUCGAUAUGGAGUUAGAUGCCGCUUCCGCAAAGGUUGCCAAGCGCAACAGCGGCGAAGCCCUCAAUUCCAUCGUCAACGGCACCAACCCUGACAGUGAGAAGUCAUCACCCACGCAAUCACGGAAGAGUCUGACCAACGGCGCCGGCGCAAACGCAGUGCCCAAAGAUUCAAUUCCUGGAACCUCGUCAUUUUCUGCCCGGCCAGAUGACGUGAAUGGAUCCGGCUCGCUCAGGAAACGGAAGGCUACGAUCAGCAAUCCGACUUCUGGUCCCGGCGCCGGCAGUGCUGCAAAGAAGAUCUUCACUUCCGCACCGGGGGAUUCCGAGGGGGGUUAUUUCACUAAUAUGGUCAGCUUCGAGGCCUCGGAGCCAUUUCUCAAAGAUGGUCAAAUUACAGCUGAUGAUGGCACCACGUUCGCUGUGAAUGAUCAUGUCUAUUUAAUUUGCGAGCCUCCUGGUGAGCCGUAUUACUUGGCUCGGAUUAUGGAGCUUUUGCCAUCCAAGACGAAAGAGUCUGGUGUCAUUGAAGCGUUGCGUGUCAAUUGGUACUACCGGCCACGCGACAUCCAGCGUCACAGUGCAGACACGCGUUAUCUCUAUGCAUCGAUGCAUUCCGAUACAUGCCCGCUGUCUUCGUUACGAGGAAAGUGCCAGAUUCGCCAUGUGACCGAGAUCGCCGAUUUGAAUGUCUAUAAGAAGACUCGCGACAGUUUCUGGUACGACAAGAUGUUUGAUCGCUAUAUUCAUCGCCUAUACGAUGUCAUUCCAACGAAGGAUGUUGUCAACGUCCCUCCGAACGUCAAGCGAGUUCUCGAUGAUCGCUGGAAGUUCAUCCUGGUUGAAAUCGGCAAAGGGAAAGAGUUGACGGGUGCCGUCAAGACCUGCAAGCGGUGUCACCUGUUCGCUGCUAAUGCGGAGUCUGUGGAUUGCGCCGUUUGCCGCUCUACCUAUCACAUGCACUGUGUCCGACCGGUUUUGACAAAGAAACCCGCCCGAGGAUUCGCCUGGGCCUGUGCCCCUUGUAGUCGUGCGCAGGAACGCAAACUCGAGGCUCGAAACACGCCUCUAAUCGGCGAGGCCCGAGGGGAUGGCGAGGAUGAGGUCAUGGAGGAGGAAGAGGAAGAUCAUCCUCUCAAUGGAGUUGCCAAUGGAACUUCCGCUAGCACCCCGGCAGGAGCGGAAGAAUCGAUGCCGCUCCCAGAAACGAUAGAGCAGAUGGCACAGGUGAAGAUGUGGCCUUACCGCUACCUGGGCAUGCACUGUAGAGUGGAGGAUGCUCUCGACUACGAUGACCGGAUUUACCCUCGCGCAAGUUCUCGACUCGGACCGCGGCAUCAAGCGAUCGUACCUCCUUGGCCAGGCCGGCCGGUGGAGUAUGUGAAGUCUCUCGAUGCCAAAAAGAAGAUUGCCAAGGCAGCAGGGGGCCCGAAGACGGUUGGAAAGCCCUCCGCAGCUGCGCUUGAAGCUGCAAAACUAGAAAAGGCCAACCGCCCUAAAUGGGUCCAGGAUGAGCCUCCGGGCUACAUUCAGCGCGGCGAGGAUGAGCCGGUCACGAUGAAUAAUGGAAAGCAAGCACGCACCGCCGAGCUGUUGUUCAAGAUGCCAACAUCAGAUCAGAUUCCCUCAAGGGGUGAAGAUGAUACACCAGGAUCUCACUUGAGCGAUGCGGACCGGUUCAAGUUCAUCGACGACUACAUGCGCCAGGCGAAGGGACUCGCGCCCGACCUUGGAGUGGAGAAGUAUUGUACAAAUUUCCUGGACAAGGCCCUCCAACUCCUGUAUUCUGAGAGCUUCAAUGUUCAGGCAGCUCUCGCCAAAUUGAAGAAGGUCAACAAGUACAAGGACCUCAAGGAGCCCCAUCUUCGGCCGGAGGAAGUCAAGCUAUUCGAACAGGGAGUCGCCAAACAUGGUUCAGAGUGGCGCCUCAUCAUGAAGCAUGUCAAAACCGUCCCGAUUUAUCAGAUUGUACGGUUUUACUAUAUGUGGAAGAAAACCCCUCGUGGUCGACAGGUCUGGGGCAGCUACGAAGGGAGGCGAGGCAAGAAGGAGAUUCGACGACAGAGCAUCACUUCUUCGAAGUUGCUUGACGACGUCGCUGACGAUCACGAUGAUUCUGCCUUCGACAAUGAGAAGGCAGCGAUUCAAAAGCGUGGCUUCCAGUGUAAGUUCUGCGAAACCCGUCACUCGCGACAAUGGCGACGGGCUCCCCUUGUUCCGCCGGGCACCACGAUUCCUUCCGAUCCCUCCGCGAAGAAGGAUAAGAGCUCUUUGCUCACUGUCGCUCUUUGUCUCCGCUGUGCCUUGCUGUGGCGUAAGUAUGCUAUCCUGUACGAGGACGUGGAUGAAGUUGGCAAGCGAAUUGCGACCACCGGCAACAAAUCUUGGAGGCGGCGCAUCGACGAGGAAAUGCUGGCACAGCUGAUCCUGGCCACCGAGACGCCCUUUACGAUCAAUAGUACCACGGCUGCGACUGCGAUCGCCAUGGGAAUCUCGGUCGACAGCAACCCUCAACUCCAGCACGAAAGCAAGUUGGACAAGGACAGGAAAAAGAUUCGCUCCGACAACCCUAGCACUGCAACCUCCACUGCAACAUCGGUUGAGCCUGUGUUGAAGAAGAAGGUGGGUGUUGAGAAGGGUGAUGCGCCUCCGAUUGUCCCUGAUCCGCCCAAGGCGAAGACUCUUCCGUGUGCAAUUUGCAGGAAGGUUGACCCUACCGGUGAAGAACAUCUAUCCUGCAGAGAUUGUCGCCUGACUGUUCACCGCAAUUGCUAUGGGGUGCAGGGAUCGCGGCCCAACAGCAAGUGGCUGUGCGAUAUGUGCUCGAAUGAUCGCAGCCCUUCGAUCUCUACGACCUACGAAUGUGUUUUAUGCCCUGUGACGUGGACUGAGCAUGACCUCAUGGAGACGACCAAGAAUAACAGCCGCAAGAAGUCAGAGCGAGACAAGGAGAAGGAAAGGUUGGAGAAGGAGAUGGUCUCCGAAGCCAUCAAGCUCUACCGCCAACGCCAGGAAGCUGUCGGCAAGCCCGUUGGUCCCCGGGAGCCCCUGAAGCGCACCGCUGGCAACAACUGGGCACACGUGAUGUGCUCAUUAUGGACGCCCGAGAUCAAGUACGGGGAUGCCGAGGAGCUGGAGCCUGCCGAGGGAUUUGGAUCCAUCCCCAAGGAACGGUGGCGUGAAGUGUGCAAGAUCUGUAAAUCUAACAAGGGCGCAUGUGUCUCCUGCCAUUCACCUGGAUGCAAUGCCCACUUCCACAUCGGCUGUGCGUUCCAAGCAAAUUACCGGUUUGGUAUCGAUGUCACACCGGUGAAGAGUUCUCGGAGAGACAGCGUACAGACCAUUCGCCUUGGUGAUGAGGUUGGCACCGCUACGCCUGUGAUCUAUUGCCCCAGCCACUCUGUGUCGAAUCUUCAUGACGUUGGCGAAAAGAUUGGCCAGAAUGGUCUCAAUGCCCUGCAGCUGUUCGCUCAAACUUACAAACAGGCCGACCUUACCCUUACCGGGACCUCGCGAAAGGCAGCCUACGUGCAACAGUCCGUCGUCGCUCCGCAGCUCCAUGGAAUCAUCACAGGACCCCGACGCCCUUCAACAAGCAAUGGCCUGGUUGUCAAAGAUACCCACAAGCCUCUACCAAUCCCUACCGAGGAUGCACCGGAUGAAAUGGACAUUGAUACAGAGGAGCGUCCAGUAGCAACGCGACCUAUUUCUGCUGUGACGCCCCGGAAAUGCGUGCGGUUUGGUGUGCCCAUCGGGCGGCCAAUGCCGCCUGCUCAUUCUCAUUCGCACGGUGCUCUUCCUCCGGGAUACCCUGGGGGCUAUGAGCAGCGGCCUCCAACUGAUGCCAGCCUGCGCAAUGGCAUGUCACCGCCUGUCUACGCCGCGGCGCCUCCGCCUCCGCCUGCUCAUCGCCUAGGCAACUAUCCGCCAACCCAUCCGGGGAUGUCGCCGUCUCCCUAUCCGAGUGCAGGCCCUCCGCCGCCAUCACAAGGAUAUCCGACCCAUCAAAGCCCCUAUGGCCCCGUGACUGCGCGGUCACCGCAUCUUUCUCAACCUCCGCCCCGACCGUAUCCAGCUUCCGCGUCUCCGCCGAUUGUGUCCGCGACAGUCAACCGAUCCCCUCAAACCUCUCUCAGUGCGCUGAACGGCGGCCCUCCCCCGCGGAUGUACUCGGUUGAUCGUGGAUUGGGAGCGCCUUCACACUCGCCACCGGUGACGCAGGCGCGCCUAGACCCGCGUGGACCUACCCCUCCAACUCGGCCGGAGGACACACCACCUUCUCUCAUGGGAGGGACCUCCAGCGCCAAUCGACACUCAGGCGUCAACGGCACCGGCGCCAAUUCCGGGGCGAGCGCGAGCCCAUCUCUCAAGAACCUUCUUUCUUAA